UUGAGCGUAGUAUUCCUUUAGUCAUUCCAUUCGGUUGGCUUGAGAAGAGUUUUAACAGCAAUGCUUGGUAGAUGCUAAGCGUGGUCAACAAAAUCAGUAGAUGGAGUAAUGUGGUGCACUCUGAUUGGGUGUUGAAUAUGGUAAAACUCCGUCCAUUGUUGUAAUAUUGAGUGCCUUUAGUUACAUGGAGGGACGCUUUCUUUGAUGCUCAUUGCUCAUGGAAGACAUCUCUAUGAGCAGAAUGAAGGGAGAGGAAACUUUGUGUAUACACCCAAUACCCUCUUCUUUUUUAGGGAAGGUAGAAAAGAACACUUCUUAUCUGUGUGAAUGAAGCCAAGAGAGAGAGAGAGAGAGAGAGAGGGAGAGAGUUAUCUUGAGAUUAUUCUUAUUUCAACUGAGCCGACAGACAGGAGACUUGGCUAAGUGUCAGACAUUGCUCGCCCAGCAAUGGUGGACAAGAAUAAGAACACAUUGGAUUUUCUUCAAACGUGAUUGUCCAUUGUAACCUACUGCCAGCCAUUUUCAAGAUUUCACAACCAUGUAUCCAGGUGGUUAUACGGCUGAAAUCACAGGCUUAUCACCGAGAUCCACAGAAAAGGAUGUUUAUGAUUUUUUUGCUCAUUGCGGUGCGAUUGAAUACAUUGAAAUAAUAAGGUCUGGUGAAUAUGCUCGUACGGCUCAUGUGACUUUUAAGGAUGCUUACGCUCUGGAGACUGCUUUAUUGCUCAGUGGAGCUACAAUUGGAGACCGACAUGUAGGCAUUUCACGCUGGGGAGCAUUUAUAGAUGACUCAGAUCCUUGGAAUGGUUCUUCGAAGAAGUCUGAUGAUGUCACUAGUGUUGUGGUUCUGAAUUCAUCCUCACGCUCAGAUAUCUCUGAAAAAAUAUAUUUCCAUGGACAGGCUACUCAUGCAAUGCCUAUGGUUUCCUCCCCGAGUGAAGCUGUGACACUUGCACAGGAAGUUGUCAUGACAAUGAUGGCCAAGGGAUAUGAUCUGGGCAAAGACGCAUUGACGAAAGCCAAGGCUUUUGACGACUCGCAUCAGGUGUCAUCCACUGCGGCUGCGAAGGUUGCAGAGCUAAGCGACAGAAUGGGCCUCACCGAUAAGAUAACUGCAGGCAGGGAAGUCGUGAGAUCCGUCGACGAGAAGUACCACAUCUCUGAUAUCACCAGAUCAGCGGUCCUUGCAACAGGAACUGCUGCUGUUGUUGCGGCAACAGUUACAGGAGAAGCAGCUGUAUCAGCUGCUCAUGCAGUUGUUAACAGCAGCUACUUCUCGAGGGGAGCUCUUUGGGUUUCAGAUGUCCUGAAUCGAGUGGCUAAAGCUGCGUCUGACUUGGCUAACCAUGGUGGUAAAUAAAAUCAGUAUCUUUAUUGUUCAUAAAGAUACUGACCCAUCAUGGUUAUGCAGAUAUAUGAAUAAGUAAUGGUGGUUGCUCUCUCAGCAGUUAUAUGUGUGUCAUUAAGAUGGCAAUUGAAUUGUAGACAUCUUGGUCUGGUUGUGCAUAGUUCAGCCUUUUGUGUUCA